AUGAUCGUCGUGUUUGGGUGGCGCCGGAUCCAGCUCGGUCGCUCAUGGAACCUGAACAAUGUGCAAAACCUAAGCGCAGAGGCUCUGGCGCAGAAGGAGCUGCUUGCACGCAAGCCGAAGUUAUGGGAUCUAUGGACCGCGGAUACAGAAGCGCAGGGCAGUUGGACGGAGAAGGAGAAAGGUGUGGCGAUUCAGUCUGCAGGGUGGGUCAUGAUCAUGCCUCUAUCUGCGAAAGCGGUGUCAGUCGAUGACGAGGACGCCGAAAAUUCGAUUGCGAAAGGCACGGCGGAACCACCACCCCGACCUCCUCCAACGUCUCUAGCACUAGGAUUACGGGCAGUAGGAGCCGUCGUUUUCGAGCCGAUAUCCAGGAGGAUCGAACACCUGUGGCGACGGAAUCGCCCAACAAGACCGCCAUCCGAGAAAACUGACGAUCCAACGCAGCAGCCACCACGACAAGCAACGCUGUGUGUCGAGGUUGCAAUCCUCAUGCCGUCGCCAGACUACCCGGUGUAUGUUGGAAGCGCGAGAGAUGAGGAAGUGGACGAGAAGGAAUUGGGGAAACGAGGAAGGAAUGAGAUUACCGACUACGCCAUCGGACUGUACAAAUGCCCAUGGGACAUGUAA